UUAAAGUUACCAGAAUUUGAUUUGAUUCAGUACUUCCGUCUGGCCUGGUUUCGUUAACGAUAUCUUUAGCUUGCCGAAGAACAAGCAAGACUAAACAAUGCAAUUCAUUGUACUAGUUGUUGUAGUUUUUGCUUACGGGGUAGUGCAAGUUGUUGACGCCCAACAAGUCCUAACAGUACAAGUAGCCUAUUUUUCUGGUCGUCCUGAUCCCAAGUGGAAAGUAACUCCUACUUCUCCAAACUACGCCAAUAUCAUCAAGGCGUAUAAUAACGCCAAGAAUACGAAGAUGACAUUCCCUCUUACAAACAUGCCCAACAAGUUUGGAUACAGAGGCCUCGUUAUCAGAGAAGGCGCUAACAAGCAAGACUUAAAGCUAGUGGUUGGACUAAAGACAAAGCAGUUGCAAAAGCUGUUGCUGCAGUCAGCCCCUAAAGGCAACUUGAACCCAACCCUUCUCAAAAAGAUUGCUUCAGCUAUUGAACAAGGGGUGCAACCAGCCAACAUUGGACGAAAGAAGCGUUACACGUUGGAAUUUCCAGCUGAAGGUUCGGAAUCCAAUUGGAUAAAACCUCUUUUUAUGCGGGAAAACAACUGCUACAAUUACGCCAACGACGUAUUGAAUAUUGGGGAAACUUUGCCGGCAGAGCCAGGGGUUGGUGGUGGCCAAAUUUACGCGAAAAUAACCCCGGCUGAGAUAAAGGCUGCUGCAAUACGAGAUGGAUUGGUAGAAAAGCCAGCAGGCCCUGGAGAUGCUAUCCCAAACAUAGAAGAAGCUGAAGGACAUUUGGUAGCACUAUUUGUUGCUGAGGGAGAUGACAGCGACUACCAUUGGCUUCGUCGCGAUGGAAAUCUAAAGUGGUCUCAUAAACAAGGUCAUAUACUCAGCAUGCGGCCUCCAACAAAUAAAGAUGCCAAUGGGGCCGAGAUCAAAGAUCCAAGAACAGCAGCCAUGAUAUAUGGGGAGAACUCCCCACAAUAUAAAUUUGUUUGUUUUAUGUCAAGCAAUAAGGAUACAGUCAAAAUUAUAGGACUACCAAGGCCAGAAGACGAUUGAUUGCAGACAUAAAGCGAAUCAAUCAAUUGCCAUGGCAUGUUAUGGUUACUGAAAAAUAACAAAAKGAUAAAGCAUACUGUCGUAUGUUAUGCUG